GCAGCCCGCAACACAGCAUCGUCGCGUGCACACGUCACGUGGACGACUUGCUCCGAACUUUGCCGAUUGUAUUUACGAAGUUUGUGAACUUUAUCUGUUGACGUUCUCUUGUGCUUUUCGGAUUCUGUGAACUCCUGACUGUCACCGUCGCCACCAAGAUGGUCCACAUUAAGUUAGCGCUGGUACCAGCGCUGGUGCUGCUGUCGCUGGCUGCAGCCACCCCCCGCAAGACGUACAAGCGUGAAGCACCAAUCCCUUUGUUCGCAGCGCCCCUGAGCUCGUCGUACCUGCCUCCCUCGCGAGGUGGUGGCGGCCACGGGGGCGGUGGACACGGCGGCGGUGGACACGGAGGCGGCGGCCAUGGAGGCCAUGGAGGUGGCAGGCCAUCGUCCUCAUACGGCGCUCCCAGCAAGCCUUCCAGCAGUUAUGGACCUCCUAAACCUAGCUACGGACCACCGAAACCAUCGAGCAGCUACGGAGCCCCACCAUCAUCAAGCUACGGACCCCCGUCACAAAGCUACGGACCCCCUCCAUCCAAGCCUUCCAGCUCCUAUGGACCCCCACCAUCUAAGCCAUCAAGUUCCUACGGCCCUCCUGCAUCUAAGCCCUCAAGCUCUUACGGAGCCCCAGCAAGGCCUCCAGCGACAAGCUACGGAGUGCCAACUGGACCUUCUACGACUUAUGGCGCUCCUAAACCUUCCAAGCCCUCCAGCUCUUACGGCGCUCCCUCCAGCUCCUACGGAGCACCCUCACCACCUUCCAGCUCGUAUGGCGCCCCGUCUCCUCCUUCAAGUUCAUACGGUGCUCCCUCGUCUGGCCCAUCCAGCUCAUACGGUGCUCCUUCUCCUCCUUCCAGCUCCUACGGUGCGCCUUCGUCCGGCCCCUCCAGCUCAUACGGUGCACCUUCUCCACCCUCCAGCUCCUACGGUGCCCCAGCCUCACCUCCCUCUAGUUCUUACGGUGCCCCUGCAUCUCCUCCAUCCUCAUCUUACGGUGCUCCCGCGUCUGCACCAUCCUCAUCUUAUGGUGCUCCCCCCUCCUCGUCCUAUGGUGCCCCAGCAUCUCCUCCCUCAUCUUCCUACGGAGCUCCCUCAUCUGGUGGUAGCAGCGGUGGCUUCAGCAGCAGCGGUUUUGGCAGCAGUGGUUUUGGAAGCAGCGGUUUCGGAGGCAGCAGUUUCGGCUCUAGUGCACCCUCGUCAAGCUAUGGAGCCCCAUCCAGUUCGUACGGAGCACCCGCGGCGCCUUCAAGCAGUUAUGGUGCUCCUAGCAGCGGCGGCGGCGGCGGCCAUGGUUCAGGCGGUGGGUACUCUUCUGGUGGCGGAUCUGGUGGGUACUCUUCGGGCGGCCAUGGUUCAGGCGGUGGAUACUCCUCGGGCGGAUCUGGUGGAUACUCCUCUGGCGGCCAUGGUUCAAGCGGCGGAUACUCCUCGGGCGGCUCCGGUGGUUACUCAUCAGGAGGAUCUGGUUUCGGCGGUGGUCACUCUAGCGGCGGCGGUGGCGGCCAUGGCGGUAGCUCAGGAGGUUACUCAUCAGGCGGAGGUGGUGGAUACUCCUCUGGAGGCAGUGGUGGAUACCCGUCGGGUGGAGGCUCUGGUGGAUACUCCUCUGGAGGUGGAUAUUCCUCCGGGGGCUCGUCGGGCUUCGGCGGCGGCCACUCAUCAGGCGGCGGCGGAGUGCCCGCGACCAUCAGCCAGAGCUACGACUCCAACGGCGGCUACGUGUACUAGGGCCGGCUGCUGCUGCUGCUCGCCUAGUGCUCGCGUACUAUAGUCAAUUGUUAAGUUAUCACAGACUCAGUAUUGAUGACGUGGCGAACGUCACAAAUUAGGUUUGUAUGUAAUCAGCAUGUAGGCUUUGAACCAAACCUGUAUGUAUUAGAUGUUACAAAAUGGAGAAUUUGAUGGAAUGUGUAAAGCUCUCUGCUGACAGUGGGAGGUUACAAUCCUGGACAGGCACUAACUAACUAAUCUUUGAAGUCGCGAAGAACUAUACAAGUUAGUAGGACGGAACAUAUUCUGUGUAAUCUCAAAAUUGUGAUGUACAAUCGGACGAAGUAACAUGUACUCGUGUCGGUGCUGCUUACCGAGUAAGCGACGCUUCAAGUAUUAACAUUAACUUAAUUUGUAAUUAAUGUAAUGAAAUUGUACAAAAAUUUAGUUUUAAGGUCCCAAUGAAUGAAUAAUUAUACUUUUGUAUAAAAUAAACUUUUGUAAAUAUUAAAAA